AUGUCGCGCCGUCUUGUUCGCCAGGGGAGAUCAGGAGCAGAUCUCAACAUCCGCUACCAAGUCACAGUCAGCCAGCUCAGCACGUCAGAGAAGCCCACGUCAGCAUCCCUCCACGUGGCAGCCGCCACAGCCAAUGGCCUAUCCAUCCUCAACCUCAACUCGUCCACGUGGAUCCCUGCUGGCACUGCUGACAAGGCGUGGGGCAACGUGGGAAAACUUUUUGGACGGGGGAAGGGGAAGGGAAAGGGGAAGGGGAAGGCUUCCUCUCUCACUCGGUUGUGUCUUCCACCCCCUUCCCUCUCCCAUCCCCUUCCCAACAACGCCCUCUCAAUCACAUUCUCUGUGGCUCUCUUCUCAGAUAUACCCUCUCGUCCCCCUUCCACCUCUUGUUCACCCUCCCUCCUUCCCCUUGACAUGUCAGCUAGAUGCCCUCGUCCUUCUACAUGCUCGUCACCACACCCGCAUUCCCCAAAGGGGCUCUCAGAGCCCAGCUCAGAGCGAGAUUCUCACAUUUCACUUCCCUCUCUCCGCUUUCCCGUCCUCUCCAUUCCCCCCUCUCCCCCUCCUGGCCAGAUGCCUUCCUCCUUCUACGUGCUCGUCACCACGCCCGCCUUCCCCAAGGGGGCCCUCUAA